CUGAUAUGAAGGCAUCAUAUUCAGGCGCGUGAUCAAGACGUCAUCUAGAAGGGACGUAAACGCGGAAGUAGCACGUCAGUUAACAAGACAUAAUGAAAAGACGAGGCGAGGUCUGUUGACAGGUUGACAAGUGCAGGAUGGCCAGGCAUCGAAAGAGGGUGGUGACCGGAGAUCCCAAUCCCCCUCUCCUAAAGAAAGAUGAGAAGCCCCCUGUGUUAUAUCGCAAGGAGAAAAAAAAGAAGAAAAUGGACAUUGGCAAAAUAUUUAUCAACAUCUCCAUUGUUCUCUGCUUGGUCAGUCUCAUCUGGUUCUUCUAUGCUCUUUACAUGCGCUCCACUCUAGCCAAGCGGGUUGUGACAUUGCACCCGUCACCUCGUGUUCUGGAUGCCAAUUCCACCAGUGCAACUGUAUCGCCAGAAAGAUUCUGGGGUUCCUACAGGCCUCAGGUCUACUUUGGCAUGAAAACAAGGAGUCCAAGGUCAAUUGUAACAGGUAUGAUGUGGAUGAAUCAGUUUUCAGAAGUCAUGGAUGUGAACCUUAGGCAUACCUGCGAGCAAAGUGAUCACUUGCAAGGUUACGGCUGGUUGAUGCACGACGGGAUGAACUUCGGCAUCCAGGAAAUCAAAGAAAAAAAUUUCACACUGACCACCGAGUUUGUCAAGAGAGUGGGAGGGGAUCACGGUGGAGACUGGACCUGGAGGGUCACAGCUAAGCAACACAGCUCUGCCCCGAAGCCGGCAGUCAUCUCCCUGAUGUUUUACGCUGCGGCGGAUACCCAAGGCUCAUUGGAGGCUCAUGUGGAGGAAAAAGACCGCCUCGCUUCCAUUACAGGCGUCUCAGAAGAGCUUGGCAAUUUCAAGAUAACGUUCCAAAAACCAGUUGCCGGGGAUUUAAAAAGUCCUAAAUAUGCCAGUUACAACUACCUUCAAACCCACACUCCUGGCUUAGAGAAGCUCACUGACAUUGUGAAGCACAGUCUGAACCAGAGGUUUGUCUUCAGCCCACCGUCCGGCGAAAAGAGGGUGUACAUUGCCGUGGAUUCCUACAAGCCCCCCUUUCAGCCCAACCAACAGAAGCCACCCUUAGAGUCCAGAAAAGAGGGUGACUUUGUGGUACACCAGGUCACCGUUCAGAUGCCUUUUCAAAUGGAAGUGCUCUUCGAGUCAGCAAGCUUUCGCAGCCGGCAGAACCAACUGGUAGGACCGAUCAUGACUCAGGAGCUGGAGAAAAAGAAAGCUGAGUUUAAUGCUAGGUUUGAAAAUACGUUUGGGCUCGGAAGAAAAGGUUACAGUCAGGCUUACAUUAAGUUUGGGAAGGCGUCGCUCAGCAACAUGUUGGGCGGAAUGGGCUACUUCUUCGGCCAGUCAGUGGUUCAGUCCAGCUAUAAUGAACAUCCGCUGCUGUACCCUGAAGGGGCAUUAUUUACUGCCGUUCCAUCGCGCUCUUUCUUUCCACGAGGUUUUCUUUGGGACGAGGGUUUUCACCAGCUGCUGCUUAGUAAGUGGGACCCCCAAGUGACAAGAGAAGCAGUCUCCCACUGGAUAGACUUGAUGAACAUGGAAGGCUGGAUCCCCCGUGAGCAGAUCCUUGGAGAUGAGGCUCGCAGCAAGGUCCCUACUGAGUUUGUAAUUCAGCGGAACGAGAACGCCAACCCGCCUACUCUCUUUUUAGCUCUUCAGGAACUAAUUGAGCAGUUCUCAUCAAAUCCAGACAGCACAGAGUUGCAGGCCACUUUACCAUUCCUCCGACGAUUGUACCCCAGACUCAAGACCUGGUUCGAGUGGUACAACACCACUCAGUCUGGGCCUUGGCCCAACUCAUACCGCUGGCGUGGCCGUGAUAAGGACACCAAUCUGUUCCUCAACCCCAAGACGUUAACCUCCGGUCUAGACGACUAUCCGCGGGCCUCGCACCCAUCAGCACAAGAGCGCCACGUGGACCUGCGCUGUUGGAUGGCUCUGUCCUCUGGUAUUAUGGCUCAGAUUGCUAAACUUUUAGGUGAACCUCACCAAGACUAUGAAUCCACUCACCAAGUGCUGACAGACAACAACCUGCUGAAUGAGCUUCAUUGGUCCGAGCAACUUCGCGCAUUUAGCGACUACGGCAACCACACUCAAGACGUAAGCUUGCAGCAGGAAAUGAUGUACAUCUACCACGGACAUCACCGCCAACAGAUCACACGACUUGUCCGCUCUGUCCGCAAGGCUCCAAAACUGCAGUAUGUCAACGCUCUGGGUUACGUCAGCUUGUUCCCCUUCUUACUGCAGGUUCUUCACCCAGACUCUCCCAAAAUGGAACACAUCCUCAGAGACAUGAAAGAUCCCAGGAAGCUGUGGACAACGUACGGUUUGCGCUCUCUCUCCAAAGCUGAUCCGUUGUACAUGAAGAGAAACACAGAACAUGACGCUCCCUACUGGCGAGGACCGGUGUGGAUCAACAUCAACUACCUGGCUGUGAGAGCCCUUCACCACUACAGCAACAUACCGGGGACAUAUCAGAAGCAGGCAGCUACUCUUUACGAGGAACUCCGGACUAACAUAAUCAUAAAUGUUUACAGACAGUAUGCUGAAACGGGUUACAUCUGGGAACAGUACAAUGAUUCCACUGGCAGGGGUCAAGGAAGCCACCCCUUCACUGGGUGGUCAGCCCUAACAUUACUAAUGAUGGCUGAGCAGUACUGAUGCCAUCUCAUCUGAAAAUUAUUGAUCCACAGACAUGACAUGCAGAGGGAGGGAAGGUGAUCAGCAUUCAUUCAGUGAUGUAAAAGCAGAGGAAUUUUAUCUGCUGCUUUUGACUUUUUGACUAACAUGUCAGGAUCAAAUGGACUGGAAUUGAUCAUGUCAGUGUUGUUUCAAAAUAAAUGAUUUGACUGUUUUUAAAGACAUAUGUUUGUUAUACUUUAUGUGGCUUGCAAGUGCAACAAAUUAUGUGUAAGCACAAGCGUUGACAUGCACUCGUUUUUGUGUGUAUAUUUUUUAUGUAUAAAUGUAUAUUAGGCUUUACAUACAGGGUGUUCCAAAAUGUUUGACCCUAUUUCGUAGGCCAAGAACUUUGACAAUUUUCAUUGGAAUGACCUCAAAUUUUCACAGCUUGUGUAGAAAUGUUUCAAGUUUUUGUGUGUAACGUUUGGCAUUUCUAUCUUUUCAGGUUAAGAAAUGCCGUUCACUUCAAAAGAAAAGGCAUUUUGAUAAGGCAUUUUGCAGGCGGCGCUCAUAUUCAACAUUUAUUAAAAUCUCUCAUAGAACCAACAAAAAUUUGUUCUUUUCUUUGUAAAUUUAACCAAUAAAAAUUAUGACCUUCAACAUAAAGUGUAUUUAGUUUCAUUAAGAUUGGUCAAGUAGUUUCCGAGAUAUGGGCAUUUAGAAUGGGGUCAACCAUUUUGGAACACCCUGUAUUUAAGCAUAAAAAUUUUUAAGGCUAAAAUUAAAGGCCUGUAUAUAAAUUGAUAAAAGGGUAUGUAUAUGCCACCAUUUCCUGAAUCAAAGCUGACAUCAGCUUCUCCACAUUGUGACUGGAAGCACAGCCAACAGAGCAUCUCUUGUCACAAUAUUUUUAAAAUUCGAUUUUCGAACUGCAGCCGCACAAGCUUUGUAUGAAUUUGAUUAGAUUCUUUGCAUUAAUUUCAUGGAAGGUGGUUGUGAGGCUCUCACCGCUGACAUCAAAAGACCAAGAUUG